AUGGGCGAUGCAGAUGUGGCCCAGUACAACGCGCUGGCAUCCGUUUUCAGCGACUGCAAGUACAUCCACCUGAUGUGCUAUUAUCACGUCAUAGCAAAGAUGGUUGAUCGCUUGAAAGGGUUGUCUAAUGAGCUCAGCUCCACGUGCUUUCGAACGCCACCUGGAUUUGCUACCACUAAAAACCCGGUUGAGCAAUUCAACCGGGUAUUAAAGCGAGACUACACAGCCCAUAGGCUACUGGAGACGGGCGAGCUACUACAACAACUCGCUUCUUGUUGCAGCAACCGCUCUAUCGACGUCCGUCCGUUUUCGGAGUCGCCUGGCACCUCGAAAGAGCUGCUGUCCCGCGUGAAGGCACUACGCGGCAAGCAGUUACUUCGUGAAUUCGUAUUGCCCCGGAUGAGCGCCGAUUUCCUUCUUGUGGACUCAAGCAACGAUGUAUUUCACGUUUUGUACACACCACCCAACCGAAUUUACAACACCACCUCGAACAGCGCCCACGAAGCUAUUCAAGUCUCAGCUCAAGUAGGUGCAAACACUGCGCGCAUGGAGAUCGCGAACUAA